CACACCAGAUGUAUUUUCUCUCCAGUCUUUCCCCACAGGCCAGCGAGCUUUAAGCCAAACUCUUCUCAAUUGUGAUCUGCAUGUAUCUAACCAAAUGAUGUGGACUUGGACAGACUGUCUGUGUGUCAAUCUCCUGCUUCUCCUCCAAAGAGCAGGCUCUGAGAAGUUUGAGGUUCUUGGUCCGACUCGUGCCAUUGUUGCUGUGGCUGGUGAUGACAUCACUCUGCCCUGUUACAUCAAACCCAACAUCAGCGUUGAGGACAUGAGAGUUGACUGGUUCAGAGUCAACCUCCCAGACACUCAGUCAAACAUUAGAGUCCAUCUCUACCAAGACGGCAGAGACAAAUACCAUGAUCAGAUCCUCUCCUACAGGGGAAGGACAUCGUUGUUUAAAGAGGAACUGAAGAAGGGCAACACCUCUUUGAAACUGACCAGGGUACAAGGCACAGAUGAUGGACAUUAUAAAUGUCUUGUUGAGUCUAAGACACAUUAUGAUGAUUUCACCAUUGAAGUCUACGUCAGAGCUAUAGGAUCCAAGCCAGAGGUUUCCAUUGAGGGACAGAAAGAAGGAGGGAUGGCUCUGCUGUGUGUAACUAAAGGCUGGUUCCCUGAGCCUGAGUUGGAGUGGCUGGACAGUGAAGGGGUCACUCUGUCUGCUGGACCGUCAGAGACAGACAGGGACUAUGAGGGAUUCUACAUAGUCAAACUAAAGACCAUCGUAAAGGAGACUGACAUCAACCGCUUUACCUGUAGAGUCAGACAGAGCCAGCUCCAUGAGGUGAUUAAGAUGGAGACAAAGUUUCACAUCCCUAGCGAGCUGAUCCUUGUUCACACAGACAUGUGGAAAGUGGCCCUUGCAGUGAUUGUCUCUUUGGGCAUUGUCCUUAUGGUCAUAUUAGCUUUCACCAUUUGGCGCUGGAUUGCUUUGUGCAAUGACUAUGAUGCAUCCAGAGCUGAACACAGUCAAGAGCUCGAGAUACUUGCUGAUCAGCUGGAGAUACUUGCUGAUCAGCUGGAUUUAGUAAACAUGAAGGGCUGUCCAGAACUUGAAACCAUCAGAAAACAUGCAGUGGAUGUGACUCUAGAUCCUGAUACAGCACAUCCCAGACUCAUCCUGUCUGAAGACAGGAAACAAGUUAGAUAUGGACACAUAAAACAGAAUCUCCCUGAUAACCCAAAGAGGUUUGAUAUUGUUCCCUAUGUCCUGGGAACGGAGGGUUUCUCCUCAGGGAGAUUCUACUACGAGGUGCAGGUGGAGGGGAAGAAUGGGUGGACUUUAGGAGUGGCCAGAGAGACCAUCAACAGGAAGAAGUUUAUUCACCUGAAACCUGAGAAUGGAUGCUGGACUGUUUGGCUGAGGUAUGAAGAAUACAAGGCUCUCACUGGCCCCUCUGUCGUCCUCUCCCUGAGAGAGAAGCCCCAGAAGGUGGGGGUGUUUGUGGAUUAUGAGAAGGGUCAGGUCUCAUUAUACAAUGUAGAGGCCAGGUCUCAUAUCUACUCCUUCACUGGCUACACCUUCACUGAGAAACUCUAUCCAUUCUUUUUUUCUGGUGCUACUGGUAACUCAGCCCCACAGGUCAUCACUCCUGUAGGUGUCACUGACUAACUGUUUUAUAUCAAACAUUGAAAUACUGGUUGUGUGUGUAUGUGUGUGUGUGUGUGCUCGUGUGUGUGUGUGUGUGUGUGUGCGUGCAAGUGUGUGUGUUACUGUCAUGACUUUGGGCAAACCAGUCUUCCAUCUUCGACCCAUCUAUCGAAGGGCAGCUCAGAGUAAAUAUAUAUGUUGCAUUUUUCUUCUCCGAAUGGGCGGUUAUUAGAAUGCAUAAGAUUCUGUAUUUACGGUAGAAUAGCUUUUCAAGGUCCGAUAGAGACCCAAUCCCUUUGUCACUCCAUCUUCCUGCUCUUUCAUUCAAACCCAACCCCCUUCUUUUGUAUAACGAGCUGUCAUAUUGGGUUAGCCCACUAGGGGAUUUUCAUGACAUGAUUAGUAAUCGAUGUAUGAUCGAUCCUGUGUAUAUAUAUGUAAUUCUGUGUGAUUAUUUCGGUAUUUAGUAAAUAAAUAAUUACACCAA